UGAGCUGACAUUGAAACAUUCCGGAACUAAUACCGCCGCUGUAAACAACUGCAGUGUUCUUUGUAGAAACGGUAUUUUUAGAGUGAUUCAACAUGCCGACCUCCCCUGUGAAGACACGGAUUCCGCUUACAAGUUUUGGUCAUCUUAUUAGCGAAGUCAAGAGACAGCUCUUUGGGAUUGAUGCACCAACCCCAACAGAACUGACAGGAUGGAGGAAACAUUUUAACAGCUACACAUUACGAGGAUGCAGAAAUUUUGUUCUUGCCACAUAUGGUGUUCUUGCACUCACAGCUGCCAUCUACAUGAUGAGACACAGCAGGAAGGAGGAACAUGAAACAGCAUCUGCAUCCUCAUAAACUACAAAUGGAAAGUUAAGGGGGGUUAAGAAUACAAUAAAUUAUUUAUGAUCACUACAUGAGUGGACCAUGGUUAAUGAAGCUCGUGUUUCUACAUGUCACUGGCCAGAUGUUUCCUUUUUCUAUCAUGCACACAGAUUGUCAU